AUGGUCUACCCCGGCCAGCUGAACUACGCCAACUUCCCGGCACCAUACAUCGGCAGGCCUAUCGAUGACCCUGGAAGAAGACUGCGAGUGGUGACUGUUGGGGCGGGCAUAUCGGGAAUCACAACGGUCAUCCGGUUUAAUCAGCAUCUCGGUGAGCACGUCCACUUGCAGGUCUACGAGAAGAACGCAGACGUGGGUGGUGUGUGGCUUGAAAACCGCUACCCUGGUGUCGCCUGCGAUAUUCCGAGUCCAUGUUUUGCUUUUCUAUUCGAAGACAAUCCGAAUUGGUCCAGCUACUAUGCCAGCGGCGGAGAGAUCAACAAUUACAUCCAUGACAUUGCAACAAAAUAUCGUGUCCGCCAGUUUAUGAAGUUCCGUCACCUUGUCAAGCACGCUCAAUGGAACGAAGACAAGGGCACCUGGAGCUUGCGGGUAUACGACGAGGUCAACGACAAGACCAUUGAAGAUGAGGCCGAUGUUCUCAUAUUAGCAACAGGCAUGCUGAACAACUGGGAGUUCCCCAAAAUUCCAGGAUUGCACUCUUUCAAGGGGCCCAACAUGCAUACCGCCAACUACGAUAUCAAUUUCGAUCCAACAGAGAAGGUGGUAGCGUUGGUUGGAGGCGGGUCUACUGGUGUGCAAGUCUUGCCGCACAUUCAGAGACAUGCAAAGAAUGUGCAUCAUUAUAUGAGAUCACAAAACUGGAUUGCCCCCGUGGGUUUUGGAGCCGCCGAGCUAGAAAAGAGGGGUCAACUAUCACAGGGCAAUUUCUUGUAUCCUGAGGAAGAGAAGAGACACUGGUCUCAGAAUCCGCAAGAGUAUCAUUCCUACCGCAGACAGGUCGAAGAUAGCAUCAUGGCUUAUAUGGCGGAAGAAGGUUUCAAGUUUGGUUCUGCAGAACAGAAAGAGAUGGAGACCAACUUCAGGGACCAUAUGAUGAAGAUGCUGGACUCGCGACCUGAAAUUCUCAAGACUCUUCUUCCAGAUUUUCCACCUGGGUGCAGAAGAUUAGUUCCUGGGCCUGGCUAUCUCGAAGCUCUGGUUCAGAAGAACGUUGAGUGGAUACCGGAGGGAAUUCAGUGCGUGACGGAAGAUGGUAUCAUUACCUACGAUGGAACCAUGCACAAGUGCGAUGCGAUUAUAUGGGCUACUGGAUUCAUAUGUGACUUCAGGAGCCGAUUUCCUAUCAUCGGCCGUGAUGGAAUAACUUGGAAUCAAGUAAUGGACCCUGAGCCAGAAGCAUACCUCGGCUGCAUCGUUGACAAGAUGCCUAAUUGCUUCUUGUACUUUGGACCGAACUGUGCUCCGGGCGCCGGGAAUGCCUACCUCUGUUCCGAGUCCGAGUGCGAGAUGAUGAUAGCUUGCGUCAAGAAGAUCCUUCGGGAGAAGAUCAAGUCGAUCUGCAUCAAACAAGAAAGGGUAAAGCAAUAUACUGCGCACGUCAACACCUAUCUCAAAGGAACUAUCUUUGGUCAACCAUGUAAAUCGUGGUUCAAGAGAGGCGACCCAACUGGACGAAAUAUUGCAUAUUAUCCCGGGAACUCUCUCAACCAGUUAUAUGCACUUCGUCAUCCGCGAUGGGAAGACUUUGAAUACACAUAUCUGGAUGAACUCGAGAACAACCCCAUGGCAUGGCUCGGCAAUGGCUACACUGUUUCGGACUACGACGGCACGAGCAGAACUACAUAUUUAGACCCUGCCUUGAUCGACUAUCCGCCUGUCCCGGAACCUGAGGAGAAGAUUGAGGGAUCUGACUCCGAGAUGGAGACUGUGAUUAUAUCGAUGGCAAGUGGGGACGAGAAGGGAGCUAUCUUAGUAGAUCAUAUUGUCCCUGCAACUGCUGUGUAG